AAAAAUAAAAGCAAACUUUGGGAACAGGUUCGGAAUGUACAAGAAAUUUUCACACUUUCCAAAACUUAUAAAGUGCGUUAUUAAACUAAAUCCUAACAGUGGUCUAUGCUUAAGAAAAUAUCCCAAACAAUAUCAGGUUUUAUAUUUAUGCUCACUAACGUGCUCCUCAUCAAAACAAACCCAAAUAAAAAUCAAACAGAACACCCAUAAAGUCGUGAAAUCCUAAGCUACUUAUUUCUCUCGUUAAACUUCAAAUCACACAAACUUCAUUCUUCAAAGAAUCGUUUCCAUCGGUAUAACAAUAACCAAACGACGAAGAUCCAAUGAAUAAAAGGUAAACAGCAUAAAAUUCAACAUAAACUAGUGAUAUCCCAUACAUAUGAAUAUAAAGUGUUUGACAAACAUAUUUGUUCACGAAAAAGAAACAACAGAAACAGCUCAACAUCAUAAAAGGCUAAAAUUGCAAUAUUUAAUAGCAAUUCAGAGAGAGUGGAAUCUAUAAAAAAAACAACAAAAAACCAUAAGCAAAUAUUAAUCAGAUGAUUUGGUGGUGUACAUACAAAUAUUCUGUGCACUUUGUGUUAUCGAUUGCUUAAUUCAAAUCGGCGGAAACUCGGGAUAUACAAAGGAAAUGCAGACCUUUCCAAGUGCCGGGAGUAACCAGACUAAUAGCAGCCGUAGAGAGGCCACAGCUCCGUCUGCAAUAUGAUGGAACGUCUAUCCACACACCUGUCGCUCACCGGCCUAUCGCUAGCUCAUCCACUACAGAGUCACCUGAGCUCGGUGAGCUCCAGCAGCGGAUCGCAUCAUCUCGGGCAAUUGGCAGCGGCCGUUCAGCAGCACCACCAGCAGUCCGACCAGAGCCACACCCACGCCCAUCACCUGCACUCAGCAGGUCAGCAGUUGGCUCUGGGCCAUCAGCACCAGCAAUCGCAGCAGCAGCACCAUCAGUGCAGCAGCAACAGCAGCAACGGCUCCCCGAACGGAUCGAGUGGAUUGAGCAGCCUGCAUCCCCACUCGGCCCUGCAUCUGGCACACCACCACUCCCAGCUCCACCAGCACCAUCAUUCAGGACAGCUGCAGCAACAACAGCAGCAAACUUCGUCCUCACACGGUCAGCCGGCGGUGUCGUCUGCCUCCUCCCACCACAGCCACAGCCACAGCAACAGCCAGGCUCAGUCGUUGCACCAGCCCCACAGCAACGGCAGCUCCCACUUGUCUGCGGGUGGGGCUGCAUCCGCUAGCAACCACCACAGCAGUGCCGCACACCACGGAUCCGCUUCCAGUGCAUCGAGCAGCGUGAUGGCCGCCGCAGCUGCCGCCCACUUGCAUCACAACUCGCAGUCCUCCCCUAUCAGCAACUUGCACCAGAAUAUGGGCACACUCAUGAACAGUGGCAGCAGCGCCAGCGAUGUAUUCUUCAGCCUGAUGAUCCAGAACACAACUAAGCGCCAGAACGAGGAGCACAUCAAACGUCCGAUGAAUGCUUUUAUGGUCUGGUCGCGUCUGCAGCGGCGCAAAAUAGCUCAGGAUAAUCCCAAAAUGCAUAACUCAGAGAUAUCCAAGAGGCUGGGGGCAGAGUGGAAGUUGCUUACAGAGGAGGAGAAACGUCCGUUUAUCGAUGAGGCCAAACGUUUGAGAGCCAUGCACAUGAAGGAGCAUCCGGACUACAAGUACCGACCGCGACGCAAGCCCAAGGCCCUAAGACGCGAUGGGUAUCCAUAUCCGAUGCCAUAUCCAUCGGUGCCCGUGGAGGCACUACGAGCCGGCAUUACGCCCGGUUACUUCGCUCCCGGUCCCACAGCGGCUGCAUAUCACCUGGGCAGCCAUCUCAGCCAGACAUCGACGCCGACCACGACACAGGCCACCCUCUCCGGACAGAUGGACAAGUUCGCCCUGGAGAGGAGCUCGUAUCUGAGCAACGCAAUGAGCAAUGCGGGCAGCCAGGCGAGUGCUGCCGCCUACAGCGCCUACCUGGACCCCAGUGUGCUGACCAAGGCCUACUUUGACUCUAAGAUGUACCAGGAUCGGGCGGCCAAUUAUGCCUUCGACAUAUCCAAGAUCUACGGAGCCCAGCAGCAUGCGGCAGCCCAUCACCAGCAGCAGCAGCAGCAGCAACAGCAGCAUCAGCAGCAGCUGCUAAUGGCAGGCAGUGCCGGUGGAGGUGGAGGUGGAGUUGGAGGAGGCAGUGCCGGCUCCCACAACAACAACAGCAGCAGCGGGCUGGACGAGCGCGACGCCACGCCCCAGCUGGAAGGUGGCGGUGGCAGCAUCGUAGUGGAGGCCAAGCCCCAUCUGCACUCGCCCAGCGACGUGGGUCUCGACUACGCUCAGUACGCCCAGCAGUACGGCGGGCAGCUGGCCAGCGUAGCGUCCGUGGGAGCUGGCGGUGUGGGUGGAGUAGGCGUCACGACAUCGUCUGGAGGGGCAGCAGGUGGCGGCAGUGCAGGUGCAGCCGCCGCGGACUUUCGACGGCCUCUGACAGUGAUCUUCUGACCACCAUCCUCCAAUGGCAGCGAGGAGUUGAACUUGUCUAUGACUUAGGGAAGAAAAAUAUUCGUGCCGAAACUCGAAGCCCGGAAACUGCGAUCCGAAAAACGAGAGAUUAAAGUUAAACCUAGCCAACAUUUACCGUUAAGUCAGUGAAGUGCUGAUGAAGAGAGAGAGAGAGAGAGAGAGAAAGAGAGAGGGAGCUAGCCAAGAAGGAGAAAAUAAAAACAAAACAAAAACCAACAACGAGCGGUGCAAUUUUUUAUGUUUUAAACGCAGAUCGAAGUGCAUAGCAUAAAUUUAAACUUAAUAAUAAAUGUAUUUAAAUUCUACACACUCACACACUCACACACGCGAAAAACCGAC